UCGUUGCCCAUAAACCCUAAUGAUCAUAAACCCUAAAUGGGCGAUCUCUUCCGGAUCAAUGGGACGGGAGUCACACUGUCGCAAGUUCUCGAAUUUCUGGGCUCGAUUCCAAGCUUCCAGCAGCUCCCAAUCACUGCGUUUGAAAGAUUAGCUCUUGCUGUGCAACCAAAAGAGUGUUUACCAUUAGAGCUUUCAAAUCUUCCUCGCGGAGUCUACAUUGUUUGGAGUGGAGAGCUUGUGCUUGACACAGGGAAUUCAAGCGUAAAAAUCCUGAGUCGAGGAGGUUUUGUAACUCAAGAAGAGCUCCAAGGUGCUACAGCGAGUGGCAAGGUUGUUUUCUUGGUUCUCAACUCUGCUGAUACUGCGCUGAUUCAUACCAAACAUAUUUGGACACCCGGUGGAACGAGUGUCAUAGAAAAACUUCUACAACUCGAAAAAGUGGAGAUCGAUUUUUACCGUGGAUUCUCUAAUCCUAAUCUUGUAGAAUUCAAGCAGAUAUUUGGAGGGCAACUAGUUGGGCAAGCUUUGGCUGCGGCGAGCAAGUCCGUAAAUCCUUUCUUGCUGGUACACAGCCUCCACUCGUAUUUUCUAUUUCCCGGUGAUAAAAGCAUCCCAAUAAUUUAUCGCGUCCAAAGAAUCCGGGAUGGAUACAACUUUGCAAAUCGAUCCGUGAGUGCAUUCCAAAGCGACCAAAUUAUCUUCACAAUGACUGCAUCAUUUCGGAGGGGAGAGAGUGGCGCUGAACACCAGCUUCCCGUGCCUUGUGUGCCACCACCUGAGGAGCUGGUACCCGAAGAAAUUGCUCAGCAGCGCUACCUCUCGGACCCUCGCCUUUCACUAUCAAAGAAGGAACUCCUGAAGAACAAUUCUUCCAAAGAACACCCUCUGGAUUUGCGUCGUUGCGACGACUUUGAUGAAGUGGACCCGGAACCAUGCGAGUCAAGACUGGCGUUAUGGUUUCGAGCCAAAGGUACGCUUCCGGAUGAUCAAGCGUUACACCGCUGUAUCCUGGCCUAUGCUUCCGAUUGGAUUUUUCUCGAGUCGGCUUUUAGGCCCCACGGCUGGACAUCCGGACCAACUGGGAUUUUUACAGACAUCAAAGUACUCAGUAUGGAUCAUUCGCUAUGGUUCCACACUUCUGUCAAAGCAACUGACUGGCACCUCUUCUCGAUGGAGAGUCCCCGUGCCGCAUCAGGUCGAGCAUUUGUCUCUGGCCAUAUUUACUCGAGACAAGGAAAGCUGGUGGUUUCCGCAACACAGGAAGGCCUCGUCCGAAAGAAGCUGGAAUCUAGGCUGUGAGAAGAGCACCUUUCGAAGAGAACUACGCUCGUAAAGAGCACGGGAAGAAGCUAUCACAGAAACCAUACCAUCAAAUGUUGUAGCCAUGCAAGACGAAAGGACGAGCUACUAGGCAGUUGCUCUGGCGCAAAGCCCAAGCCUGGAAUCCACGAAGAUAUAAUUUAACUCAUGGAACUCAAUCCAUGCCAUUUGAUUCU